CGUUGAUCGCUCUUUUCCCUCACAACUGGCCCUUUAUAUAUCUCCCAGAGUCCAUGGCGAGCACAUCUAGCUCCAGAAGCUGUUGCCGGAGCAGGCCCUGUGUGCUCUCUCGCCAUGCUCUCCCACGCAGGACCCGCCAGGUUUGCCCUGUUUCUGCUCUGCUGCAUGGAAACCUUGCUGCCCUCCCAUAUGGCACCCACCCACCGACUACAACCAAGUGACGUCCGAAAAAUAAUCUUGGAAUUACGGCCCAUGUCUAAGGGACUUUUGCAAGACUACCUGAAGAAGGAGAUGGGGUUGCCAGAAUCUAACCAUUCCUCGUUACCGUGUCUCAGCUCUGACUCCCAACUGCCGCACAUCAAUGGCUCCGCCAUCCUGCCUUAUUUCAGGGCGAUCAGACCAUUGUCAGAUAAGAAUACUAUCGAUAAAAUCAUAGAACAGCUGGACAAACUCAAAUUUCAACGCGAACCAGAAGCAGAAGUUUCUAUGCCUGCAGACAGCUUUGAACGUAAAAACUUCAUCUUGGCCGUCUUCCAACAGUUCUCAGCGUGCCUGGAACAUGUGCUUCAAUCAUUGAAUUCUGGAUCCCAGUAGGCCAUUCAAGGCCAUCUGGCUGAACCUAUUCCUUUUGGAAUGGUGGAAAUGUCUGAAGCCUUGAGAAAACAUAACUGGCAGGCUAAGGGUGACUGCUCUGCUGUAAAUUAUUCCGAUGAAUAAUUUCACUGAGUCCCCAGAUGGGCUAGUCC